AUGGCCCAAAGUUACACAGCAAACCAGAACACCAAGUCCUGGCACCAACCCAAGUUGGGAGAAGUUUCCCAUCACCCUCUCCUUUUCUCUCUCUUGGGGCUGGACCGCCACCUGAGUACUGGAGAAGUUCAAAGAGGCCUCAGGGGAGGAGGAGGUAGGGGGCGUCCAGGAUGGGUACAGCGGGCCGCUCCAGGACCGCGACCUGCCUCUAGCGGGGCCAAGCAGCAUCGAUUCCAUGUGGGAAGUGGCUCCAGCAUCACCACCUAUGGCCUCCGACAGUCUAUCUUACUGAACACCAGGCUUCAGGACUGCUAUGUUAUCUCCCCAGCUCUCACCAACAUCUGGAUGGCUAGAAUGUGUGCAAAGCAGAACAUCCAGGCCCCAACGCCAGGUACCACCUCUUGUUGGGAAGUGGUAAAGAGUCCAUUAAUCACCAGUUCAUUCUCCUUGGUGAAACUUGUGCUCAGACGGUAACUGAAGGAUAAAUACUGCUCAGUACCUUCCAGGUUUGGAGACGCAAAAUCCUUGAAUAGAUUAAAGCCCACAGACAAUUCAACAAAAGCCACCCAGCUGGCUAAGAUAAGAAGCUCCAUCAAUUUCAAAAGCAGGCAGCCAGUGGGGCAGCUGCCAGGUUCACCUGGGCACAGGAAGACAGCAGGAAGCAUCAGGAAGAGCAAAGAAAGUUCAAAGGAGAAAAAAGUAACAGCCCGCCAAGAUCUUGAGGACAGAUAUGCCAAACAUGUGGCUGCCACCCAAGCACUAGCCUGGAACAGUGGGUUGCCAGCCUGGAAGGGUCAAGCAUUGCUUCCUGAAACCCAAAAGACACAGCAGCUGUCAGAGGACACCUUAACCAUCCAUGGCCUCCCCACAGAGGGCUACCAGGCUCUGUACCAUGCUGUGGUGGAGCCAAUGCUGUGGAACCCUUCAGGAACCCCCAAGAGGUACAACUUGGAGCUGGGGAAGGCCAUCAAACAAAAGCUUUGGGAAGCUCUGCACAGCCAAGCUGCCACCAUCAAAGGUGCUCAGAACGACCCCUAGCCAGGUGGGAAGUGGCUGGGUGAGGAGCCUGUGCCCAAGACAUAGCCCAAAUUAAAGUGAAAAAUAAGAACAGGAACACAUGAGUUUAGGUUAUUCUCUGCUAGCGGUCUGAAAAAUGAGAAAGAAGUAUCACUUUGCAUUCUCCAAGCAAUCUCAGAGUGCUUUUCAAAUUAGUGACUACCCUCCCAGGAAAACAAAAACAGCUAUCAGAUUUGCUUAAGACUGAAGUCUCUUUCCAGUCAUGGUUUGAUAAGGUGUAUGUGACAAAGAGACAGGGUCCCAUUAUGUUGCCCAGGCUGGUCUCAAUGAUGCUCUUGCCUCAGCCUCUGGAGUAGCUGGGACACAGGCUUGCACCAUCAUGCCUAGCACAUGAUUAGGUAAUUUUGAGGUAGAUGCUUGGAGGUUUUUUUCUACAAGGACUUUAGGAUUUUUGAGUUUUCAGGUAGGAAAAUGUGUGGAACAUGAGGCCAAUGGUUUAUAUCCAACCUAUCUUCCCUCUUUCAAGAAAGUGGACCACUAGACUUUUGUCAUUUUUAGAGCAGGGGUCUUACUAAAUUGCACAGGCUAGUCUUGAACUUGAGAUCCUCCUGCCUGAGCUGCUUAAGUGCUGAUUAUAGGUGUGUCAUCACCCAGGAAAAGCUUUUGACCAUUUACUACUAUUGCAUUACUUUCCCUGGCUUUCUGCAUAUGCACUAAGCAGAGCUGGGUAUGGUGGCACAUGCCUGUAAUCCUGAGAGGCUGAGGUAGGGGAUUCACUGUGAGUUUGAGGCCAGCCU